AUGAACUGGGAAGAGACAUUUCAAGCAAGACUUAAAGGAGGUUUCAAUAUGGCAAGAGCAAAGAAUUUAGCUAAAAUGGGCUUAAAACCAUCUCAGACUAACGAAGCUAAAGGAUUUUGCUCUGAAAGCUUCGAAAUCGACAGAAGAAUUCAGAGAAAAUAAACUCAGAGAACAUAUCAAAUCUAAACUGAGAAAGAAUAUGAUUGAGAGGAAGGUUCAUUCUGGCCCAAAUACUCCUAGAAAUGCUGAGCCAGCUCGAGUUGCUAAACAUAGGACUAAAAAGCACAAGCAUUUCAGAUCUGGAGACAAGAUUAAGGACUUGAGCGGCAUAAUUCAAGAUGAAAUCAAAAGCAUCAAAUUCAAAAGAACCAACUCAAAAUAAGAGUUCUAUGUCUUCUGGCAAGAACUCUAAAAUCCCUAAACUAAAAAAUACAAUGGCUAGAGUGCGCUCAAACGAAAACAAUAAAUACAUCUUUUCCAACACUAAGAUCCCCCAUCUGUCGUGCUGGCAAGAGCCAAAGUCUCCUCCUCCUCAGAAAAACCUUAAGUCUGAGAAAAGAUACAAGAAUAAAUGCAACGGUAUAAAUGCAUGGAGAGAGAUCAGAGCUUUCAUUGAGAGUGAUGGUGGCUACCAAGAGAUUCUUCGCAACUCUCAAAAGUACACAAAAGGCGAAGUAGGAACUCUAGAGCUAAAUGAAGGCCUCAAAGAUACCAUCUUGAAUCUUAUAGAAGUCAUGAAUUUUUAAUAACUUAAAUCCUACAACAUUACGUAGCUUUU